GGUGCAAAAAAUAUCGGCUUACAAUUGAAGAUUGUGCCAGAAAAGUGCGGAACUACGCAACCAAGUGGCCGCAUCAUCUAAAGAAGUAUCGGGAAAGUCCACAAAAGUUAUAAUUCUUUCGGUACUUUAAAUUAAAUUCAUUGGAAACGAGGAAUAUGCGUCAGCAAGGAUAAAGCUGAGUAAAUUCCCCAGCGGAGAAAAACGACCCUCCGCGUGGCUUUUCCAAAAUUACGAAUAGUGACCCAUUUUUAUAUGUAUUUCCGUGUUCUAUUGGUUCUUUGACACCAUCGUUUAAAAACAGGCUUAAUAUUUAAUCUGCCGGACUUAAUUUUUUCAAAGUUUUAAUGCUAAUGUAUAUCAAAUCUAAAGUCAUUUCUCAAGAACUUAUUCGUCAUCAGUUUAUUGCCUUUAUACCACUGGUUUCUUUAAUUGUUCAGGUUGCAGUAUUCGAGUAACCUCCAGUGGCAAAUAUUUAUCUUUUUCCAUGCUCAAUAAAGAAUUUCUGUUAUUGACUAAACUGAGAUCUUCAUAAAAUCGACUAAUCAAAAUAUAUUGUGUAAUAGUGGUUUACAUAGUACUCUGCACUUAUAAUCGACAUGAUCCAAUCUGCAAAAUACAAGUAACUCCCCAAAUCUAACCCACAUAUCCUCUAUUUUCCAAGGCCACAUUUUACGGUUAUCGCGUAAUACACUAUCUCACCUAUUUGCCUCCAAAUUAUAUUCCGUAUAUUUUUUUCUUACCAUUAUUAGUAUUACUGUUGUCUAGACAUCCUUAAUGUUUAUCUCGUUAUGUUCCCGAUACUACUGAUGUAAGGCAGAUUAAACCAUCAUUUAUGUAUUCUAGUUCCUACCCCUAAACUAAUGAUAGGGAAUUAAGUAAUUGGGUGCUUCAACUGCUUUGUUUAUCUUGGAAGUUUCAUCAGGUGUCUGACAAAAUUCCAACGCCGAUUCAAAAAGCUUUAAUGACUUUUAUCAGCUUACUUUACUUUUGGUGUCCGUCUCGACUAAAGUAUGAGUAUACUGCUUAGUAGUUCCCUCUAUUCUACUUUACGACUUAAAAACAGAGGACAUUCAAAGGGUAACUACGGUGUAAAUUUAAAAGUUGAUUUUCAAUCAAGAUAAAAUGUAGUAGGUGACCUAAUUGUAAAGCUUAAAGCGGCCAUACCCCAUAAAUGUGGAAUAUUGUUAAGUAAAAUGGCUUCUCAUACAACAUUUAGUAUAUACUUCGUGGAACAUCCACGUCAUUGAGCAACUUGACACUUACACAACUUUUUUGUCUUAUUCAUUUAGUUUUUGAAUGACAAUUAUGAUCACGCGAAAUAAUCUUGGUUCCUUCUUUUCGAAGAGUUAUUGUAAUUUCGAAGUAUCACUUCUUCGAAAAACUGUUGUUGUUAUACAUGGAGAUGACUUUAUUCAUUAUAUAUUGAAGAACGUGAUUGGUUUUGAAGAUAAUAAUCAUAACGAAUUCCUUCUUUUCUCAAUGACGGCUUCUAAUUUGAUAAACCAAGUAAAAAUGUGUGACAUUCAACCACUCUUCAUUUUUGAUGGUUGCACUAAAGUUGGACAAAACCAAUCACAGUACAGUAAUCAGAUGUGGUCCGUAAUCAAUCGUUAUAAAUCAUCAUUUGUAGAUGUGUUGUCGUUCUUUCAAAUAAAAUAUAUGACAUCAUUGUAUUCAGCUCAGUUUGACGCUGCUUCAUUAUCCAUAUAUUUACAUUGUCCGUUUUUAGCAUCCAGUUAUGAUAUUUACUACAUGUUUCCUGCUCAAGCUACUAAAACUGAAGCAAAUAUUAUGCAAGAAUUAAUCUACGUUCCGAUCCAUCUCCUAGAUUUUUUUAGCUGCAAAAAUGAUGCUAUUAUUUUGUCUCAUGUUUUCCACCAAAAGUUUUCUCGUUUUUCGUCAGUUGCACCCCAUUUACGACCUCUAUUAAGUGUACUCUAUGCUGGGCGUUCCGAGGUGCGUGCUAAUGUAUAUAAGCAGUUAAAAUAUAGUAAGACAGAUUACUCCAAAGACACUGGUCCUUGUUUACACGAAUGGUUUGUUCUAGUUAACUGGUUGGUAAAUUCAUCCAAUGUAAAUUAUGUUACACUUUAUGAGUAUGUUAUUCAAGCACAUCGUACUGAAGAAAGACAAAGCGUGACUGAAUAUCUUCUGGAUUGUAUUGCAGCUUUCAUGGAUGACGUUCGAGAAACUGGACUUGAAAUAGCAUCUUACUUUUGUUUGGUAAACUCCAGUUCCAAUGUACCUAAGGAUAAGCUGAUUGAAAUUAGUAAAAAAACUAAUGCUUCAGUAAGCUUACAACAUAUGGAUCGUCUGAUCAAUCAACUCAGCACCAAACAACCAAUAAAGUCCAAUUUUGCUCAUGAUUGGCCUCUUAAUUUGAUAGAACUGUAUAGAAAGGUUAAACUUUCUCCAGCUAUUAUUGAUAUUUUACACCACUCCAUUAGAAAACCGUUUCUGUCAGUUCAUGCUUACUCAGUCAAUUUACGCUUACUUGUUUAUCGAAUUCUUUACGGGUUAGAGAACUGUUCAGGUGUAAAACUAAAUCCAGAUAUAACUGAGUACACAUGGAUCAAUGAUAAUAUGUUAACCGAGAUCCCUCUCACAAUCAGUCCUCUUCUUAUGAAUCCAAAUAAAAAUAAUUCAGUGGAUGAAAUAGUAAGCAGUCAGUUGAAUAUCCCUCUCCCGCAACAUACACCUAAUCCUGAUUGGAUUUUUAGUUUGGCUAUAACUUUAGCAUUUUGGCAUCAACAACGUAUCAAUAAUGCUGACGAUGGCUAUGAACGUCAUUUCGAAAAUUCCCCAAUUGGUUUAGCUAUUGCAACUUGUGCUGUAGUCAAUGUUUUCAAUAUCGAUUUCAUGAGUAGCAAUUUACAAGAACAUUACACACGGUGGAUUGACUUCAUUAGAAACGAAACAUCACUUGCUUCCGAACGUGCUUCGUCACUAAAUCAGUUUCCAUUAUUUUGUACGAAAUCUGUCACAGAACAAAACUUAUCAAACCUAAUUGCUGUUCAAAAUAUUUACAACGAAUUACAGACCGUUGUCUCAUUACUAAACUGUUUAGCAGGGGAUGAGAAUAAAUCUAAAUUAUUUAAUUUUCUGCCUUUUUGGAUUUUGUUCCCUUCCUUUCAUCUAAUAGAUUGUCUUUCUCAUCAUUUAGAUAAUCAGCUGCCUUCUAUCCGAUUAAUUCACAUAACAAGUUACUGGAUACCUCGAUUAUGUUGUGCUAAAAGACCUAACAGUCUGAUAACUGAUUUUAUAGACAUUUUUAAACGCUUGGUUAAUAUUGUUACGCUGCUUUCUGAAUCAUCCUUAUUUAAUCUGAAAUCUAGUAGUAUAACUAGAAAAAGUAAACAACGUGCUCCCUUAACAGAAUCCACUAACACUAUUCCGGUUACUAAUGUGGACUGUAAUGAUUCGACGUUUCACAACAUUAGACUGACUUCAGUAUUAUCUGACGGUAAAGUCGGCAGUGUACUUGGCAAACAUCUAGAUACACAAUUAAUUAUCACUAUUCAUAAAUACAUAACCAACAAUUCAUUGGAAGAGGAAUUCUUGAAUAAUGACCUUUAUGUAAUACGAACAUAUUAUGUAUGUGUACCAAGUCGGGAAAUAUAUGGCUAUAAUGUGACUCAGUUGAAUAACGUGGUUAUAGGGAACUAUACAAGAUUGAAUGGACUCGAUCGAUCAGUUCAUCUGUUUCAUACACCGUUAACCUACGGACUCCUCGAUAUACAAAUUCCAUUUACAAUAAAUAAUGAGAAACAAAUGAAUGAUAUGUUGAAUGAACGUUAUGUUUUGUCGAAUAGUAGUGAUAUAAUUGUAAUGUCUGAUGUGAAUUCAAGUGUGGAGACGAGAAAGCGGAAUGUUCAUCAUCCGAAGUAUUUCAAUGUGACAGAAGCACUUCAUGUUAUUGAGGUUGGGUUGUCUGAUGACGGAGUAAUAUGGAGGGAUAUGUUUGAACGAACAGUGUUAUUGAAUAGUUUGGAUGGAGGCCAUGAAUUGAAUCCAUUUACAUAUUUUUGUUAUUCUUAUUUUAUAAUAUGUCAAAUGAUACAUUAUCUAUCUAAUAAAAUAAUGAGAAUUAACCUAAAAUUAACUUUAAUAAAACUAAUUAAAUAUUGGAAAUUUAUAUUCAUUUUAAUUGGAUUACUUUUUAAUUUAUACUUAUAUAUUUAUAUUUUAAAUAAACAAGAUCAUAUAGUUUAUCAAAAUAAAUUAUCUAUAUUAUGUUUUAAUGAUAUUAUUUCAUCAAAAAGAUCAUGGUUAACAUUUAUUGAUACUUUGAAUAAAUUACAUAUUAAUAAUUCUAAUCAUAUAGAAACAACUAAAGUAUUCACAGAAUUAUUUCACUUUACAUAUUAUUCUAUACCUAUAAUCAAUGAAACAAUAAAAGUUUUAAAUUUUAAAAAUCAAUUAAAACUACUAUCGAAACCUACGAAUAUCAAUUAUAAUUUCAAUGAAAUUUAUACUGAAACAAUUAAUAAUAAAAAUUUAUCAUAUACUAAAGAUAAUAAAUUUAUAGGUGGAAGACAUUAUCCAAAAUAUUUCAAUAUGACUGAAUAUUUGAAUGCUAUGUCAAAUGGAUUUUCACCAAACGAAGUCCCCAUAAACAAUGAACAUCUAUUUGUUGUGGAAACUCCAAGAAGUGCUUGUGAUCCUUGUCAUGAAAAACAGAAACUUAGUUUGGUUGUUAUAAUCAAAUCUUGUAUUUAUUGCUAUGAACAACGGUCAUACGCGCGUAAAACAUAUAUGAACAUAAGUCUGUGGAAUAACUUAACAGUCAGAUUUGUAUUUGUUGUUGGAUUACCAAUACCGAAUGAGACAAAUAUUCAUCAUUUUGAUGGUGUGAAUAUUCAGUUGGACGGGAAAUCAUGGUGGGAAUCAAGAAAACGUGAACUUUCUCGAUGGUCGGUAAUAAAAGAGUUAAGAAAUGAAAGCAAAUUUUAUGGUGACAUGUUGGUUGGUGGUUUUUUUGAUACUUACUUCAAUUUAACUACGAAAAUGAUGUUAUCUUUUCGUUGGGCGUGUGUCUUCUGUAAGAAUAUAACGCCAUUAUUUUUAUUUAUUGAUGAUGAUUAUGUGCUUCACCCGAACAAUACAAUCAAACUCGUAAGGUCAAUUAAAAUAUCAGAUAUGAAGUCUUAUAUCGGUGGUCCAAUACAUUCAACCUCAGUUGUAUCGCGACCACAAAAUAAAACUUACAACUCAAAGUGGGAUGUUUCCACUCAUGAAUAUCCAUAUAGUUAUUAUCCUCCAUACUUUUAUGGUAUUGGUUAUAUCAUUGGAGCUGACGUCGUAUGUGAUGCUUCUGUUACAAUGUCAUUUACGCAAAAUCUUCGUAUUGAUGAUGCAUAUCUUGGGAUUGUUUUGGCGAGAUUGAACAAGAAGCUCAAUCAACUUAAAGGGUUCAGAGUACAAACUGAUACAAAUUUCGAAUCAUCAGGAGCAAUUAUCAUACAAAGAUCAAGUGCUGGUUUAUUGUUCACUUAAACUGCUACAAUAGAUUAGGCUUUCUUUUUGUAAAUAUUCAGUUAUAAAUAAUCUUGUAUUAGUCAUCUGAAUAAAUGUUUACUUUAGACAUCCAAAUGUUGUAUGGUGAACAAGAACUAAUUUUAAUAGUCAGGUCAUCAUUUUAUCGAUUAUUGAGAAAAUCAUAAAAAUAUUAAUAGUCAUAAAGAUAUAUAAAUUGGUUUAUAUGACGAGUAUUUUUGUAUUCAUUAUUACUUAUGUCAUUGAGUUAC